AUGCAAGAAAGAAAAGGAAAAGCACUAUUACGAACACCAAAAAACAAGAAAAAACAAAUUAUAGAUCUUAUAGAAAAAAAAAAUCUGGUUGAUAUACUCAAGAUAGCGAACCACCAGGAACACAUAACAACUUGGGCAAGCAGAGAAACAGAAUUAUACAAGAGAAAAGUACCUUUUGCAAGACUUCGCAAAAAAGAUCAAGCUAGGGUCUGUAUAGAUCUUAAAAAAAUAACUGAAGAGGACUGGAACAAUUAUAAAGAAAAACUAGAAAAAGAAUUAAAGAAACUCUUUGGAAAUAAAGAAAAAAGUAGAGAACAACAACAACUACCCAGCAUAACAAACUUACAAAAAAAUACACCUGAACUUCAAGACCACCAAAUUGAAAAUGAGGAGUUGAAGGAUUUGAGGAAAGAUAUAAGAGUAAUGGGAAAAUGGUGUCGUAAGCUCAAAAAACUCUCACAUUUUGAAAAUACAACAAACUCAUACGAAGAGCAG